UCUUCAUCCAGCCUAGUGACUAUCUGCCUCUGUAACUGCCAGUGGACAUCUGAAGUGCUUCUCCAGGUUUGAAGUAGUAGGCACGAUGGCCAAAUGUUUCAGUCUAGUAUUGUUUCUUGCCUCCAUCUGGACCACAAGGCUUCUGGUCCACGGCUCUCUCCACAAAGAAGAACUUUCCAUCUCAGUGCCAUGCAGACUUAUGGGAGUCACUCUUGUGACAACUAAAAACACAGCUCAGCAGAUGAAUCUCACAGAAGCAACAGAGGCCUGUAGACUGCUGGGACUAACUUUGGCUAACAAAGACCAGAUUGAAACAGCAUGGAAGUAUGGCUUUGAGACUUGCAGCUAUGGAUGGGUAGAAGAUAAGUUCUUGGUCAUCCCUCGGAUUUUUGCAAACCCCAAGUGUGGUAAGAAUGGAGUAGGUGUCCUGAUUUGGAGAAGUUCAAUCAACAAGAAGUCUAGUGCCUACUGUUACAACUCAUCUGAUACGUGGGUUAACUCAUGUGUUCCAGAAAUUAUCACUACCCAAGAUCCCAUACUCAACACUCAAACUGCAACAUAUGCAACAGAAAUUACUGUCAGUGACAGCACAUAUGUCACAUCAUCUACUGAUGGACCUUACUCUACAACACAAACUCCUCCUUCUACCUCUACUCCUGCUCUGGCUUCCACUUCUACUGCACGGAAAAGAAAAUUAAUUUGUAUAACAGAAGUUUUUAUGGAAACUACUACCUUAUCUGCAGAAAUGAAGUUAUAUAUUGAAAAUCAAGAAGCAAUCAAGCAUGAAACUGUUGGGUUUGGAGGUGUUCCCACGGCUCUCCUGGUGCUUGCCCUCCUCUUCUUUGCUGCUGCAGCUGCUCUUGCAGUUUGCUAUGUCAAAAGGUAUGUGAAGGCCUUCCCUUUUACAAACAAGAAUCAGCAGAAGGAAAUGAUUGAAACCAAAGAAGUGAAGGAGGAGAAGGCUGAUGAUAGCAACGCUAAUGAGGAAUCAAAGAAAAAUGAUAAAAAGUCAGAAGAACUCAACAAUACACCCAAAAGUACAGUUCGAUGCCUGGAAGCUGAAGUUUAGGUGAAAAAGAAGUGAAAGGACACAUUGAGGCCAAUUUCUUUCCUGAUACCUAUAUCAGCCCCAGAUGGGGAAACUAAAAGGACUAUUGAACCAAACAAGGAAGUCCACCUUGACUCCUAACUGCAGUCAGCUCAGGGCUACCUUCAGGAAUUCACCAAAGGGAAUUUCACUCUUUUUAGAACAAUCCUUAAUGGAACCUAUCCUCCCACCAAAGUAUCCCACAACCCUUCUAGUCUAGUUUUGUCUUAAAGAUAUCCCACGGGGAGAAAAGAGCUUUGCAAAAGCUCAACGGACCUAAGACAACUAAUCAACACAUAUAUACAAAGAGACUUCUAGGCUGACUGAGAAAAGGUGAGUUGAAAGCCAAGAAAUUACCAGGACCAAGGUUUUCCUUCCUGACUCUACAAUCAGAUUCCUUCUUCAGCUCUGAAAAGGAAAUACUUGUACCACAAGCUUGUCCACCUAAGUCAGGCAGGAACAAAAAAGGAAGAGUUUAGCAACUGAAGGCCAUGGAGAUUCCCAUGACUUUGAGUCCUGACUCUAUAAAGCCAAAAUAAAUAGAGGGAAAAAAUGAGGCUCAGGAUAUUGACAACAUAUUGUCAUUAGAGACUGAAAAUAUAGACAGGGUCAAAGUAUUCAUCUAUGAAUA